UGGCAAAAAGUAUUUUAUGUAUACUGUUGACUGUGAUAUUUCUGUACAUGUAAUCUUACACUGGAGCUUACAAAUAUUGAAUAUGAUGAUAGAAAACGUACAGUAGAAUAAACGGAACCAUUCGAAAAACAAACGUUUCAGGGGAACGGGACGUCGUCGCACACAACGUAAAGGACUUCAAACGGCUGUCACAGAGCGCUGUUCAUUGUUCCUGAAGAGCUCCCUCAUCUGCACAUGAAUAAGAAUACAAUGAAGCGCCUCUCUACUUUGCUGUCAUGACAUCUCUAGCUAAAAGUUGGCCAUGACAGCUCAACAGACAAGAUGAUGUCCACCAGACUGCUGGCACUGCUUCAGCCACAUGCAGUGAGGAGGAGUCUGCCACAGAUCUGCUCUGCCCGUCUGUCAUGUCUCAGAAGGCAGCAUGAAAACAUCACCACAUCCUUCUGUCAGCCCCGAUCCUGCUUUAACAAAAGUGACGAUCACAAACAGAGAACAUGGCCUCCUUCACUGCCAGGUCACAGCUGUGGUAGAAGGUACUUCAGCCUCACUCCUGCUGGGAUUGUGAACGCAGCCCCGGCGUCCGUUCAGCCGUACCUCCGAUUAAUGAGACUGGACAAACCCAUAGGAACGUGGCUGCUGUAUCUGCCUUGUACGUGGAGUAUUGGGCUGGCAGCAGACCCGGGAUGCCUUCCUGAUCUGGGCAUGCUUGUGCUCUUCGGGGUGGGAGCUUUGCUUAUGAGAGGAGCAGGAUGCACAAUCAAUGACAUGUGGGAUAAAGACUUCGACAAGAAGGUGUCAAGGACAGCCACUCGCCCCAUUGCAUCAGGGGAGAUUACAUCGUUUAAGGCUCUGGUUUUCCUCGGAGGCCAGCUGAGUUUAGCACUGGGGGUUCUUUUCUGCCUCAAUUACUACAGCAUAGCUCUUGGAGCCGCCUCUUUGUCACUGGUGGUCACAUACCCUCUCAUGAAGAGAAUCACGUACUGGCCACAGUUUGUUUUAGGUCUCACUUUUAAUUGGGGUGCUCUUCUGGGCUGGUCUGCUGUGAAGGGAUCAUGUGACUGGUCCGUGUGUUUACCUCUCUAUGUAUCUGGUGUCAUGUGGACAUUGAUUUAUGACACGAUCUAUGCCCAUCAGGACAGAGAUGAUGAUUUAAAAGUGGGCGUGAAGUCUACAGCUCUGAGGUUUCAGGAGAACACCAAACUGUGGCUGGGGGGCUUCACUGGGGCGAUGCUGUCAGGGCUGGUUCUAGCAGGAGCUAAUGCUGACCAGACUUUGCCCUACUAUUGUGCAGUGUGUGCAGUGGCCAUUCAUCUAGCACAUCAGAUCUACACUGUGGACAUCAACAGACCUGAGGACUGCUGGAAAAAAUUUGCUUCAAACCGAAACCUCGGACUGCUUUUAUUUUUAGGAAUAGUGACUGGAAACUUGUGGAAAAAGAGAAGCGAUCAUCAGUAUGAAACACAGCUAAACUCCAUUUCAAAUUAGAAUGCAUGCUGGUUGUGUGACGUGGAAUACCA